CGGCGGCGCACGAGUAGUUCACUUCUGUUCGGUGUGGUGUUGCGGUGAUUUUGAGGGACCAGCUAAAGAGAGCGAGAGAGAAAGAGAGGACGAGAGAACGAACGAACGAGCGAGCGAGAGAGAGAGAGAGAGAGAGAGAGGGGUGAGAGAGAAGCGAGAGUAAGCUCUUACGCUCGCACACGCUUGUCGAGGGUGCGAGAGAAGAGCCCGGGCUCCCUUUCAAAAACGCUCGUCGCAUCGCGGCUCCGGAGCAAACACGUAGUUUGACGUAAAUCUACGGUAGAUUCGCGUCCGACACGGUGCAAAGUAACUAACUAAAUCGACCGUGCAUCGAGAGGGGAUCACGUCGCCGCAUCGAGCCGUCAGGGUCGUCCGCCGUCGACGACCGUGCUGGAUAGGGUACGGAAGAAGAGUGCCGACAUGUCGGCGUUGAACGCCGCGCUUUGUAGACGCGGGAUAAUCCUCUGGCUGGCCGCCGUCCUACUGCUGGCGUCACGAUCCACGCAUUCUGCGCCGGUAUAUGACCAGGAUACCACACAGACCGCAGAGUACGAUGGAGCCACCGUUGGAUGUUACUUCAACUACCAGCGGUAUCAGGAAGGCGAUAGGAUCAUUACAAGUGAACCAUGUCUGAACUGCACGUGUCACAACCGAAUGUUGAUGUGCUACUUGAAAGUCUGUCCGUUCACGAAAGCGAUCGGUCAGGAUUGCACGGUGGAGAAACGUCCAGAUCAAUGUUGCCCCGUGAUUACUUGUCCGGAAGUACCGGUUCAACUGUUGACAUCGACGACGAGCGCACCGACGGACUCUACGGAAGUCGGUUUCCACGACAAUUAUGGCUGCCAUGUCGACGAGAGGUUUUAUGCAGACGGCGCUAUGCUGCCGUUGGAUCAUCACAAUCCUUGUGAGCUUUGCUACUGCAUUAGAAAUAGAACCACUUGCGUCAUGCAAGAGUGUACUUUACGAGUAGCUGGAUGUAAACCGGUCUACCAACCGGGUGUAUGUUGUCCGAUCAAGUACAAUUGUGAAUACGAUGAAGAACCUAGCACCACGGUUGGUCCAACUCCCGGUCUCAUCAUGACCACAACGCUACCUCCUGGCGUGCCACUUCAAUGUUAUCACGAGGGUAAUAUCUAUGAAGACGGCGAUCAGAUCAUUGUUGCUACUCAGCCUUGCCAGCAUUGCUAUUGCUUCGGAGGUGAGAUCGCUUGCGCGGUGCAAAAUUGCGGAACGCCGAUGCAAGCGCAUGGAAAGAAUUGCACGGCCAAACCGCCACCGGAAGGAGAAUGCUGUCCGACCACAUACCAGUGUGAGGAAGAAAUCACCACGGAACGAGAAGGUGAAGAACAGACUUCGGAAGUAUUGCUUGGCCAAACGACCGAAUUCCCCAUGCUGAUUGAAGAUCAGCAACAAAAGGACGAACAUCCUCAGGAAGCAAUAUCUCCAGGUAUCGAUAGCAUUACACCGCGUGUUCAAGACGAGAAGGAUGUUGAAGGAGCUAUGGAACACAUUACUCAGCAAUAUGUUCCAUCUACCGAAAAAUCUGAAGAACAUCCCGCAACAUUGCCGGAAGAGAUAGAAACUACUACUUUUGAGAAAGAAUCUACUGCUCAUGAACAUAUUACCGAAACUUCUCCUCCUGAGAUAACAUCGGAGGAGGCAAAAGAGGCGGAAGUACCCUCUGAAGCAGGAAUAUCGGAAAUUCCUACGACAGUUGGAGAAAGUUUAGUUACUAAAACACCUGUUGCUGAAUUACCGGAAGUUUCAUCUAUCGCACCAGGUUUACAACCAGAAGAGAUGUUACCGACAGAACACGUAAGCACAGAAAAGGAUAUAAUAGAAGAGGAACAUACUCUUGCUACUACUGAAAAGGGACAAUCAAUCGAACCUGCUAUUAGCGAAGCAACGCAGACUGAAGGUCCAAUAAAAGAAGAAGAGACUACUAGUCCACAUGAAGAAUUAUCAACGCAGACACAAGAAGAGGUAACUGAAAUAGAAAAGACAACGGAAGAAGCACAUAUUAGUGUGACAAAAGAAGAGGAAAGACCAACUGAAGAAGAGCCUGGUAUCAGCACUGUUUCUGAAUCUGUCAGUGAACCGUCAAAGAUAGACGAAGGUAAUCUAGAAACUAUACCAGGAGAACCUUUGGCGACGGAAACAGAAUCACCGAAAGAAGAAGAAACUGUGACCAUCGCUCAUAAUAUAUCCAGUACUGAACAAAUCGCUACUGAAAAAGAAAUGUUGUAUCCGAUGGUAACCGCUGUUACGGAAGAGGCUCAGCCGACUGAAGUAAGUGCUCCUUCUGAGAAACCUGUCGAAGAACAGAAACCUGUAGCAAGCGAAGAGACAACGUCCGAGCACGCAAUAAUUGAAGAGCAAGCCACUGUUGGUGCUAAGAAAGAAGAUGCCGGCUUAACUGAGAUGAGCGAAGAACCUGUUAUCACGACGGAGUUACAUGCGGAAGAAGUAUCAACUCCGGAAAUUCCACCUCUAGGCCCAACUGGUAUACCGAUUCCCGAACGAAGCCCAGAACAGAAAGCAGAAGACAGCGGCAUGUAUCAUCUAACAGAAGAUUAUCCUGGUGUCACGCGUCCAGAAAUUGGUUCCGAUAAUCUCGUAACUGAACCUCCACAAAAAAUACCAACGACGUAUUUCCCGCAAGAGCAAGAGACUACGUUGAUUCCAAAAGAAACUGUAAAACCGAUUGCAACAGAAGGUGCUGAAGAAUCAGUGGAAGGAACUACAAAGUCGAUGCCAGAAGAAAUUACGGAAAUAAAUCUACCAACGCAGCAUAAACCUGAAAUCACUACAAUCUCUGAAGAAAUGAAAACGGAAAGUACACCUACUAUCACCGAAGUUCAGCUUAGUACAGAAUCUUCUGUAACAGCUCAAGAAGUAUCAGAAAAAGAAACACUUGAGAUAUCUACUGAAAAAGGCAGUGUUGAAAAAGGUGAGAAAGAAGUGCAACCAAAGAAGGAAGAGGAAAUAGAAGCUCAACCUCCAAUCGCAAUGAAACCAGAAACAAUUUUUGAAACAUCCACACCUAUCCCAGCGGAACAUACAACGGAAGGUGAACAUAUUACUACCAUAAUUUCUUCUGUUGAACAAUCAACGCACGUGCCACAAGUGAAGGAGAAAGAAACUGAAAUUGUUCCUAGUGAAAAAGAAGAACCAAUUACUGAAAAACCAGUCGAGGAACAUAUUACUGCUUAUCCUAUUACAAUACCAAGUAUAACUGGCGAAGAGGAAAAAGAAUUACAGACUAAAGAAUCUGUUUUGAAAGAGGAACAAACUACGGAAACGAUAAAGACAAUAGAAGAAGCUGAAGACAAAUUUACAACACGGGAACCAUCUGUUGAAGAUGAAAUAACUGUGCAACCUGAACACUAUUCUACAGAGAAAGAAAGUGCUGUUACGGAAAGCCAUAUUUUGGAGGAAACGGAAGCUACAAAAGGUUCGUCAACAGAAAGUGCUGAACAACAAACUGCCAUGACAGAAAAGGAACUGUCUGAGAAAACUAUGGAAUUGAAACCAACAGAAGUUUCUAGCGUCGAUCAAACAGAAUUGCCUGUUGAACAUCCUAUCGAAACAGGUGAAGAAAACAUUUCUGUGCCUGUAUCUACAGAGGAAAUUCAAACAGAAACUCCUAUUGAAACCAUUGAGACAACAUCCGUAGAAACAGAAAAAAUACAGACUGAACCUUCCGUUAGUGGGGAACAUAUUCCAAGCCAGCCUCCAAUUCCUUCAGAUCGCAAGGAGGAUCAGGGACCUAUUGAACCAGAAGUGCAUGAAGAACAAAUAACACAGGAACCAGAGAAGGAAAUAACUGAAACGUAUGAAGAACCACAAAAACCGACAAUUCCUGUUGAAGAGGAAACGUCUCAUAUUCCAUCUGCAGAAAGUGUAACCGAAUCUGUACUGCCGGAAGAAGAACCGACCAAGGGUACAACAGAAUCUAUUGGUGUUGAUGAAGCUAUUACAUCAGAACAGCCUGAAAUAUUAAGCGAGCAACCGGAAAAGGUCACAACCGAACCGUCCAAAGAGGAGGAACAGACAAAGGAAUCAAUUACUGAGGAACAGCCGGAGAUUUCCACUCCUGCAACUCACGAGGAGCCUUCUAUAACUCAUAUUCCUGAAGGACCAGUUGAAGGUGAAGAAGAUCUGGGUAUCAGUAAGCCAACUGAAACUGCAGAAAGUGAAGGUACAACGAUAUCAGUAUUAGUUUCUGAGGCAUCAACUGAGCUACCUGAACAAUCUACGAAACACGAAGUUUCUAUCGAGAAAGAAAUUACACCUGCCACUGAAUCUGUAUCUUCGGAAAAAGAGCAACCGGGAUUACAAGAACAAACCACGCAAUUAUCAAAGGAAGAAACACCAAUCAAGGAAAAAGAUGAAACGGAGAUCUUAACUGAAAUAUCCACAGAAGAAGGUAUAAUUUCUGAAAUACCUAAAAUACCGAUUACGGAACAACCACAGGAGUCCGAAGAAGGACAACUUAUUCAAAGAGUCGGUACGGAGAUACCGAGUCAUGAAGAAAAGGAGAAAUAUUCAACGAUUGCUCCAAAAGAAACACCUGAAGUGAUAAUUACUACCGAAAUAUCGCCAGUGGAAGUAACUCAACAUAUAACUACGAGUAUACCUGAAGAGACUUCUGUAGAGGAAGAGACUACCUCAGAGAUUGUACCUCGUCCAUCGGGUAUUCCAGGAGAAGGUAAUUGUCUCGUUGAAGGACAAUCUUAUAGCAAUAAUUCAGCCGUUCCACCAGCUAACAUAUGUCAAACUAGUUGUCGUUGUAUCAGCAGUAUCGUACAAUGCGAACUCGUACAAUGUCUUGCCCCACCAGAGCCGACGUGCAUGCCGGUUCACAUGAACAAAGAAUCUUGCUGUCCAAUGUACGCAUGUGAUUCCACACAGACUACCAACUUAGAGUCCGAUAGUCAUUUAAUCGAACCUGAUAUACGUGGAGCGGAAGAAGAAAGUCAGAAAACUACAGAGAUAUCAACAGAAGUUGCAACAGAAUUAAGCACAUUAGCUGGUGAGAUUAGUACACCAGAAUCACAGCCUGCAGAAAUUACUGUUCCUUCUGUUACUCUGUCGCAAGAAGAAAUAGCAACUGAGAGACAGCAAACUACUAUCAAACCUGUUAUACUUGAUGAACAGACAACUACAGUUGGGCAACCUAUUGAGCAAUAUCCUGAGAAACAUACUAUUAGUCCAGUGCCUGAAACGUCACAAGAAUCCACCAGUCAAAUACCUGAAGAAGAACACACUGUGUCAUCAAUUGGUCCGGGAGAAACUACAGAAGGCCACGUUAGCGAAGAAAAUAUAACAGAAUUAGCAGCUUCAACUGAGCAACCGCAAAAAGAGAUUGAGGAGAGUUCUGUUAGUAGCGAAGUAAUUACUUCUACACAUAUACCUACAGAACAGGAGUCUCACAGCACUGAAGAAAUUGUUACGCUUUCUGCCGUGACAGAAGAAAAAGAAACUUCUGUUCCCGUCGAAGUAGAAGAAACUUCAAAACCUGCUGAAGAAGAAGUUACAACCAUAGCAGCUAAAGAUGAAGAAACUAUUACAUCGACCAAAGAACCAGAGAAACACAUCGACGAAAAAGGUAUUGAAGAACCAUCUGCGCUUAAACCAAUUGAAGAAAUUGAAAAGAAACCAGAAGAAGAAGAAGUCUCAUUGAAGCCAACUUCUGAGGAACCUAUUACUACUGAGGAAAUAUCUACAGAACCGGAAGAAAUUGUGACGGAGAAACAGGAAAUUCCAGAGGAACACAAAACUAUCAAACCAACCGAGUAUGAGAGUACUUCCGUUCCUGAAAUACAGUCGACAACUGAGCAUAAAUUUGAAAGUGAAACUGUUCAAACCGAGGAACCAGUAAGUCAAACAAAAUUACCUGAUAUUGCUCUAGGUGAAACAGAAACACAGGAGCCAAUUAUAUCUAUAGCUGAAUCGACGACAUUUAUACAUGAUCAUACGCAUUCUGAGGAGCCGGUGAUAAGGGAAUUUACGACUAUAAAAUCUGCAGAAACUUCCACGGAAGAAACUACGAAAAUAGAGUCAGAAAUUUUAACGCAAGGUCCAGCAACUGAAAAAGAGCAUGUUAUUUCUGUUGAAGAAGAAAUGCCUGCCGAAGAAACCACUAAAGUAGUCGAAGAAUCCACUCCUGAAGUUUCUUCUGAAGAAACAUUGCCAGAAACAACAGAAAGCACAGAAAAAGAAACUACGGAAUAUGUUGAAAAACAUACAGAAGCAUCAGUUACAGAACACGAAGAAGAACCGUUAGCUACAAAAUUACCUGAAGAAAAACCAUUUGAAACUGAAUCUUCAAUCAGUACUGAGGAGCCAACAAAAACUGUCGAAGCUGAUAAAACUACUGCAACAGAAGCAGAGUACGAAAAGCCUACUGAAUCUAGUGAAAAGUACCCAGAAGUUACACCCGAAAUUGAAUCUCAUACGUCCGAAUUACCAGCCGAAGAACAUACCAUAGCUGAGGUAGUACCAACAACGUCUGUAUCAACAGAAGAAGCUGGCGAGCAACAUACUACACCGAUCGUAAAAGAAACUGAGCCAAGUCUGAUCGAAACAGAAACUAAACAGUCCAUUAUUCCGGAAACUGAAACACCAGAACAUGUCACCGUUCAAAUCGAUGAGCAAACUCCGAAAUCGGAGUAUCCUGUAGAGGAACAGACUGUUACUUCUUCUAGUCUCAGUGAAGAAGAAAUAAAGGAAGGUGGUGUUUCGACAGAAGCGAUCAUUCCGACAACGAGUCAAGAGGAACAGACAACCGAACAUGUCAAACCAGAAACACAAGUGCCUGGUUUAGCGGAAGAACAUACCGUUAUACCUGAGAUUUAUAAGAAAGACGAAGAGCAGAAACCUGAAAUCGAAAUAACAGAAGAGCCUGUUAAAGAAGAACCGACUACAGAAGCAGGCAAGAAAGAAACUGAAGAAGCUGCUAGUACUACAGAGGAACAUAUUCAACAAGAAGAAAUUGGAAUAGAUGUAAAAAUUCAGGGCCCAAUGGAAACAACGACUAUUUCAAAGGAACAGAAACCGGAAGAAGAAGGUCAAAUUACCGAAGCUAGUUUACCGGAGCAUCCAGUGAGUGAAGAAGCAACAACUGUGACAAGUUUGACAUCUGAAGAACAUCCAACUGUACCAGUAAAGACAGAAGAAAAAGAAAGCACUGAUAAACCUGAAUAUCAGACAACGUUAUCUUCUGCAGAAGAAGAAGUAUCAAAACCAGCGACUGAAAUCAGUGAGGUGGAAAAACAUCCACCCGAAGAAGAAAUCGUUACAGCUGAAAGUACGGAAAAGCCGGAGGAACCUGUCACAAAACUCGAAGUAAGUUCAACUGAAAAACCUCAGAAAAUUCCAUCUGAAACAGAAGAGUCUACUAAACUAGAACAAGAAACAGAGUUACCUGAACAAGAUGAAACUACUAUGAAAGCAAUUGAAAGUGCAGUGACUAAAGAAAUAUUACCGGAAGAAGUGAUUCCAGUGGAAGUAACUCCAAAAGCUGAAGAGAAACCAAUAGAAACUUCUACAGCAGGAGAAGCGGAAGAAGCAUAUUCUACUGAACCCACUUAUUCAGUUGAAGUAACUUCAGUUCAUGAAGAAGAACAACCGUCGAUAACUGUACAGCCUACUGAAAGACCCCUUCCUUCUGAAGAAGAAACUCCCGCAGGAGAAACUCAGCCUAGCCAAUCUGAAGAAGACGAGGAGGCUCAUCCAACUGUAUCUAAAGAGAGUCAUCCGGAAGUAACUGAAGAAUCUCAAUUUACUACGGAACAUGCGUCCGAAACACCUAUUACAAUAAAAACAGAAGUUGAGGGUCCAAUCAAGGUUUCUAGUGUGAAACCAACUGAAUUGCCUGAGGCUACUGUUGGACCAAUAACACCAGAAGAACCUGAAUCUCAGAUCCCAUUAAAGUCUGAAGAAAGUCCACAACCGGAAACGCCUGAGGAACCUGUCAUAAAAAUGCAGACACCAGCUACAGAAUUACCAACCGGAGAAGUUACGGAAGAAAUACUUGAAGAAGAACCUAUUCAUCCGCAAGUCGAAGGUCAUAUUGACCACUUGCCUGCGGCUACUGUGAAACCAGAGAUUGAUUAUAACUUCCCCGAGCAACGACCAGUGACCACUUUAGCUCCUCAUAUUCCAGAAUAUCCUGAUCAACCGGGAAUACCGAACGGGGAUGCUCAAUUCCCCAUGCCCUAUCCAAAUCCCGACGACGAUUAUGGCGAGGAUGACUAUGGUGGACCGGGAACCUGUCGAUAUGGCGGCAAAGUCUAUGUUUCGGCGCAACAGAUACCUAGGGACGAUCCGUGCGAUUUCUGUUUCUGCUUCAGAAGCGACAUUAUCUGUCUUCAACAGAGCUGUCCACCACCUAUUCCGGGUUGCCACGAGGAACCAAUCAGCGGUUUCUGCUGCCCCAGAUACGAAUGUCCUGUAUCAAUGGCUUCAGCUCUUAAUUUGACCACUACUACUACUACAACCACGACUACGUUACCACCGCACUUCCCCGCGCACGCUUACAAGGGAGCCGUGAGACGAAGCGGCUGCCAGGUCCGUGGCCAGGCCUAUAGAGUAGGAGAAGUCAUUAAAUCGGCAUCUGGACCUUGUCUCCGCUGCAUUUGCGGAGGUGAUGGUAACAUGAAUUGCGACCCACGAGUAUGUAGUCCGGAACCGAUGCUGAGGCAAAUGAUAGCCGCAACUACAGAUGCCAAGAGAAGGAGAUGAGCCGCUAAGCUGGAUCACGGAAUUCAUCUCUACAAAGAAGAAGCAUAGGAUGAGGAGAUCGACAGCAGGAAAAGAAUUCAGUGUUGUAUAAAAGUGAAUUAAAAUUAUUCUAAACUAUCUAAACGUCGCGCGAAACACAGACAAUAGUGUGCUUCGACGAUCACGAACUAAGUGGCCAAAACGUAAACGUUUAUAUUAAUAAUAUUAUAUUAUGUUAUAUAAAUAAAAAGAGAAAAGCGACGGGGAUAGGGGAGAGAAAGAGAGAGAGAGAAAGAGAAAAGAGGCAAUUAUACCGGUCGGAAAAUCAUAGGAGAUUAAUUGCGUAUCAAGGCGUGUUAUCGGUGCUAAUAUUCGAACACGGAAGAAAGAAGGCAAGCAGCGUCGACGUAGAGAAUGUAGGCAAAAAAAAAAAGAAAAAAAGAAAAAAAAUUUGUUCGUGAUAAUUCUGCGUUCUGUCUCGCGUAGGAUAUUUUAUACAUGCCCUGAAAAGACAAGAAGGAAAUUACUGAACGUACGAGACUUAUGACUGUGCCUUUGUCAGUGUCAACGACACUGCUUUCGUUUCGGCAACGAGCGCCGUCCGCAGCCACGGUCAUCGUCGUCGGUAUUAAAAAAAAAAGAAAACACGAAGAGAAUGACAGAAAGAAAGUUGCAAUCGCGACUCGUAGGUGAUGGAGGUAAAAAGGAGAGACGAGGCGAUGAAUGCGUUUUGUAUGACGCACGAGAAACGAAAAAAAAAAAGAAAAAGAAUUUAACGCGUUGGCCAAAUGGGUCGCAUAGUGAUACUGAAACAGCGGAAGAGAAUCGUACGAAGGAUACCUUUAUUCGUAAAUCGUUUAGCUAGUUAGAAGCUUUUUUAAACAUUUUUUCUACGCAAACUAUACGUCCACGGUAUCCUUCCUACGAUGCAACUCCGUGUAAAUUGGGAAAUAUGGUGACGAAACAAGAUUACGAUAUUCAACGUGUCUUUAUGGCUCUUACGGUGUCAUUGCGAUAAUCUGAAACGACGACGAUAUAUGUCAUUAUUUGCUACGCGAUUGAGCGUGUUCUGGAUCGUUUAUUCGGCUGCUACGUGUCCCAAUGAUCGGGUCACAUUACUCAAGUUUGCUGACGUUCACGCGCACUCGGACACGAUCGAGAUUAAUGGAUUGGCAACUAAAGCCGACCCAUGUGCUUCCAGUACUCUUAAGCCGCGAGGGUACGAAGAUCCUUUUCAUUUCGAGGAGGAACUUUUCCGAUCGAGCCAUCUUCUUCUUCCCCUCUUUUUUUUUUUUAAUCGAUCCGCCAACACUAUACAACACAAACAGUGCCAACGAUCGUAUCCUAGUGCGCGCGCGAGUGUGUGUAUGUGUGCGUGUGUGUGCAUGGUGCAUAUAAUAUGUUAAAAAAGAAAAAGAGAGAGAGAGAAUGUGAGAGAAAGAGAGAGAGAAAGCUAGAGAGACGAAAGAUACACGCAUCUCAAAGCUCAAACAGCGGCUCGCGCGGAGGACCGAUCCGAGAAUUUGCUUCUCCGGCGAGCUGGCGUCAUUAUAUAUAAAUAUAAAUAUAUAUAUAAAUAUAUAUACAUUUAUAUAAUUCUUUAUAUACAUUGUACCCUCCUCUGAUGAUAAUACUUAACGAUAACGAUGUUCUAUACGUUUGUACGAAAGUAUAGCUGUUAAGAGAACGAGAUGAGAGAUAAUCGCCCGUACCAGUUCUCCAGUCUCAAAGUAUUGCGUUAAAAAAGAGAAAGCGAUAGAAUCCUACGGGAUCUCUUUCCAAGUCAAUUAUUUAUCUCGAUAACGAUGAUGCUCGACUCGCACAAUCGUCGUUUAAUAACGAAAGCAACGUCACGCUUUGAGACUCUGGAACACUGUAGGCACUCUUUAGUGUAAUAAAUAGAACGAAUGUUUUAUAUAUAUAUUGUCGCACGAAAUACUGCGCAUACUGUCUGUAUAAUAAUCGAACGAAGAUGAGUCAACGUUCGGUCUUCCUGAUAUCAGCGGCCCGUUAAUCCUAGUUAAUCAUUUAUUAAUAAUUAAGCCCGUAUCUGCCCAGGGGAGAACAGCUUCUCGCGAAGAACUAUCAUGAAAGCGUUUUUCACUUUUUCUUCACGUAAAGGAUCUCUUUCGACUUGAAAGACCAACGUAUUCAUGGAGCUUCCACGACAACUCGAUCGUGAUAUACAGAGUGGCCAUAUUAUUACUGUCACUGUUCUCAGACGUGAACGAAACAAUGCAACUCCCAUGCAAUAAUCGAUAAUAAAUUUUUGAUAUACGUA